AUGGUCCAGAAGGGAAGGGGUAGAUUCCCCAUAAAAAAACCGAAUAGACCAUCUCCAGUUGCUAAUGUUUCAAAAAUAGGUUCAUUAAUGAGAUAUGAAACACGAGAUUACGCGAAUCAGUUAUUACAUGACGCGGUAAAGGCAGUGGCACCAAUAAUUCAUGAAUACAACUUCAAAGUUGGGAUACUAAGUGAAAUGUUUCCAAAAAAAGCUAAUUUGUUGGGUUUGAACGUAAACAAAGGUCAAAAAAUAUUAUUAAGACUACGAUAUCAUCAUAAUGAGAAUGAAUUUCUACCAAUGUGUGACAUCAUUGGUACUUUUUUACAUGAAUUGACUCACAAUUUUCAUGGUGCUCAUGACAAGAAAUUUUAUGACUUUUUGAAAGAGCUCGAAGAUAAAUAUGAUAAAAUACGAUAUGGAUCAUCUGGAAAUUCAGGAUAUAGAUGUGAAGAAAAUAAAUUAGGAUUUGGAAUGUUGAGAGCAGGAAUAGUUGAUGUUAGAGCUAGAAGAUUAGCACAAUUUAACAAGGUCAAUUUUAAAAAUGAAAGUAGAGCAUUAGGACUGGAUUCUAAAGUAACAAAACCACCACUAGAUGCACGUCAAGCAAGAUUGGAAGCAGCAAUGAGAAGAUUGGAAGAUUCGAAGAGAUGUGGACUGGAAUUUAAAGAAAGCUCUGAAAUUCCAGAUGAUGACGAAUUAGAAAUAUUAGAAAUAAGAGACAAGGAUCAAACCUAUAGCGAUGACAACGAGAAAUUAGAGGGAAAUCUGAGAGAGCUGCUGAGAGGUAUAGAUGAGGAGGAUAUUGAAAUAUUGGAGGUAGUUGAUUCAAAAACUCGAGAUAGGCAAGAAAUUAUUGUCAUAGAUUGA